AUGGAGUCACCAUCCGAGGGGAAAAGAGCCAUUGCCUUAAAACCAUCAGACACCGUACUGACUGCAUUUCCCUACAGACCUCAUAGCACCCUGCUGGAUGUCCUGAGGGGAGAGCCGAAAGUCUUGGGGGCUGUCCAGAUCCUGCUUGCUCUGAUCAUCUUGGGCAUUGGAAUUAUAUUUUUACUUAGUUACCUCAGUUUCUCCUCCAAAUUCCCUAUCGUUUUCCUCACAGGAUACCCAUUCUGGGGAGCAGUUAUUGGACUAAGUGUCACUACCAUAAAUAUUAUCAGUUCCUUGGUUGCAGUAGCUGGGAUUACUCUCACCAUCAUCAGCUAUAUAAAUCAACACAGAUUCUGCCAAGACCUUUCCUUUGAAGGUUUAUGUGCUAUAGGUAGAACACUUCUCAUAGGAAUGUUGUCGGUUUUACUGAUCAUCAGCAUAGUAGAGUUCAGCGUCUCUGUGACUAUCACGUGCUUUAGAAGCAAGUGCUGGACAAGAUCAAAUGAGGUUGUAUUUUUCUUGCCUGAAGAUGUUAUGCAAAAUAGUGAACAACCUGCUCCAGAGGAAAAUGUUCAACUAAAAUUUGAGCUUCAAGAAGCGUCUACAAGUACUGAUGCAACAAAAACAGAGAUUUUUUUCUUUGGAAGCUAUGCUUUCUAUAAGUUGAAAGUCUCAAGAAUUCCUUCUGGUUCCCAACCUAUAUCACAGCCAUGUAAUACUGGUAGGGAUAGUUAUGAAAUCACUUCUGCUUCUGUGCCUCAUGGACAACACCAGAAUAUCCCUAUAUCUUUUAAAUUUUUAGAGGAAGACAUUGCACUAAAACAACUGCCUCCCAUAUCAGAGCAAAGGAUCUCAGAUUAUGCUACAUACACUAAGCCAGAUUCUAAAACUGGAAAAUUCAAAAAUGUAGUUAGAGAAUAUGCUAUGGCACAAUCCCCCCAAAUGCAAACUCAGCUGCUGCAGGAUAAAGACUUGUCAUUCCAAGAUUUUCUAAUUGAUUCUGUACAAGACCUCCAAGCUUUACCACCUGAUGAUUUGCCAUCCCAAGCUUUGCUACUGCAAGCCCAACAAGUACAAGCCAUGUCCUCUAAAUCUCCAUCAUCCCAUAUUAUACAGUCUUAUGACUUGACAUCUGAUGACUUACCCUCCCAAGACAUACCAUCCCAAGAUACAGUAGCCCAAGAUGUGAAACCUUUAUAUAUGUCAUCCCAAGACACACCAUUAGAAAGCAUGUUAUACCAGGAUAUAAUGUCCCAAGAAACGCAACCUGCAUAUACGCUAUCCCAAGAUACACAAUCCCAAAGUUCAAAAUCCCAAAGCAUACCAUCCCAUGACAGGCCAUACCAAAAUACAGCAUCCGAAAACAUGACUUCUCAAGACAUGUCUCAAAGCAAAUCCCAAGAUACAUCAUCACAAUACACGCCUUCCCAAGAUAUACCAUCUCAAGCUCUACCAACACAAGUUGCACUGUAUGAAGCACUAACACCCCAUACUGUGCAGAUUCCUAACACACAACACCUACCUGAGCAAUCCCCAGAUCUUCAACCACAGGACAUUCAAGCUCAAAACCAACAGCUUUCACAAAUAUUAUAUCAGGACAUUCGAUCAGAAGUCCUGGAACUAACUCAAGAAUGGAACUAUGAAGGAGUACUCCAUGGCAGGAAAUCCCCAAGACGGCAUUCCUCAGACUGGAAAACCAUAGGUGGGCAGUCUCCAAGGAGGCUUUCCUUAGAACUGCAGCCCAAAGGCUCACAAACUGCAAAACAAAAAUCUAAAGACCAUCAAAUCAAAGGUUGGCUAUCCCCAAAGAGGCAUUCUAUAGAUAAGAGAACCCAGUACACUCAAACCUUAGAGCAACUCUCAGAUCAGCAAGCUGAGGAUCAGCAGGCCAAAGUAGGACAAUUCUCAAAAGAACAAUCCAGAGACAUACAAACUGAAGAUCAACUGGCCACUAAGGAGCAAUCCCCAAACAAAAAAACUCAAGAUCAACAAACUGAAGACCAGCAGGUUCAAGAGGAAAAAUCCCCACAGGAACCACCCACAAACUGGCAAGCUGAAGGAGAGCAAACUCUAGCAGAGAAAGCUUCAAGGCAGUUACAUCAAUAUUGGGCAUCCCAAAUUCAGCAACACCAAGACUCACAAUCUCCAGAAGAGGAGACACCAGACUGGACAACUCAAAACUGGCGAUCUUCUGGCAAGCAAUAUCAAGACUGGAGAAAUCAAGACUGGCAAACCAGAGACUGGAAAUCACAAGAAUGGCAGUUUGAAAUGCAGCAUUCCCUAAACUGGGAAACCCAGGCUGGGCAAAUCCAAGAUCAACUAGAGGAAGAAGCCCUGAAGCAGAAAACUCUACACCAAGAAGUCCAAACUCAGCACACCACAGCAAGAUAUAGGUUUGGUCAGAAAUUGCAAGAUAUGCUAUGUCAAAACAGUCAGAAUCAAGAUAAGAACAAACAAAACUUUCUAUUCAGAUUUAUACUACAAGAAGAUACACAAACAAGCAGUAUGCAAACAAGAGAGAUCAAACAAGAGGAGAAGAAAUAUAGAAGUCAAAAACCAGUGGACCAGCAAUCAGAGGACAUGAAGCCAGACUGUCAUCCUUCUUCUUCUCAAAGCUUAGCACAAGACACAUAUGUGCCUUGUUUUUCCAAUAUAGGUUCAGAACAAGAUGUGCAACAGAAUGCUUCAGUUUGCUCAGAUUCAUAUAAAGAAGAUCUGAAUUUCCUUUCCUCCUCUUGUCAUUCAAAAGAUCAACAGCAAUCUGAAGAGUCUGACUAA